AUGCCAGCUGAUGAGGUGAGGCCAGCAGAGAUGGCAGAAGUACCAAAAACAUCAGUACCUGAAGCAGAGGAAGCACACAAAAUCCCGACUUAUGGAAUGCAGAGUGCAACGCCGCCGCCUCCAGAGCUACCAAAAGCUAAAACACCUACUUUGGAGGUGCAAAGACCCAAGACCCCAACCACUCCAGUUACAAAGACCACACCUGAAGCACAAACUGUUGAAAUAGCAGCUUUGGAUGUGCAUGUCACGCCUGCCUCACUAUCAUCUGAAGGAGAGGUUUCUGGAGCUGAGACGGAUGGGGCAAACAAGUUAGCGUCCCCAUUUUCCAGGACAAAAACUCCAACUCAGGAUGCAAAUGCUGCUAAAACGACGACAAGCAACAAACUGCCAAGCGAUGCGCAGAAAGACGAGGACAAAGCUUUGACUGUAGAAGCAGCGCAUUCGAAAGAGGAAGUCCCUCCAGAGAAAGUCCCUACUAAGGAAGAGGCAGCAGCUGUACCAUUGACAGCAGAGAAGGAGGCUCAGGAAGAUGACUCAUCCGCCAAAGAACAACUUUUGGGGAAAGUGGUGAAGAAAUCACUGGGCAUGAAAUCCAAGCUCAGCGGCUGGUCACGCCUCAAGAAGCACAUGGUUGUGGAAAUGGAGGAGCCCAAGUUUCCAGACCCUGAGGCCAUUACACAAGUCCCCGAUGACAGUCAAGAGCAGAAGCUAGAGGAUACACCUUCGGAGGCCAGCGUACAGUCGGACAAGGGAAAAGCCACCCCGAGGGCCACAAAGAUGUGGGACGCUGUCCUGUUCCAAAUGUUCUCCACCGAGGAGAACAUCAUUCAGCAGAUCAACAAUAACCAGCAGGAGGCAGAGAAACCGGAAGUGGUGAAGGAAAAGCCAAAGGACGUCCCAGCGUUUGUCCAUCGGCUUCCUCUCCUCCUGUACAGCCCCAGGUUCGAUGCCAGGAAGCUUAGGGAAGCUGCCGCUAGGCCCCUCAAGAAAACUUCAACUGUGUUUGAAAUGGGGCUGCUGAACCGCAAACACCAGGAUGAAGAGCCGAAAGACUUUAACAGAGUUGCGAAAGGGUUUUCUGUCUCAAAAACGACAGAUGAAUAA